UCGUCAUCCUCGGUAGGUAUCUUCACUAUUCAUCGUUGACGUAUUCGUUCCGCACUUCGUUCGCAUCUUCGAAUUACUCUUUGUCAUAAGCCUCGGGAUACCCGUCCUCCUUUGUUGCUAUAUAAAAUCUCAGUUAGAAUCACAAACAUAUCCAUAAUAUGUCACCGCAUCACGACGCCCCGUCACCCGCCCGCAGCUUCACCACUUCAUCUUUCUCCCUCCACCACCAAGCCGUGCGCUCCAUCUACUCAAUGGAUCACUACAACGAUGCCUUCGAGACUAGCUCCGUCGAAUCCGGCGAUGUGGGCAUCCGCCGGGCAUUGGUCCCCGGCAUCUACGUCCCCACUGUAGCAUUCUUCGAGUCCAGCUCUGAGAACGUUGACGUUGAGACCACCGCCAAGCAUGCAGUUCGUCUCGCAGAGGCAGGCGUAGCUGGCAUCACCACCCAAGGAUCCAAUGGUGAGGCAGUCCAUCUGUCGCAUAAGGAACGCAACCUCAUCACUAGCACCACCCGCAAAGCCCUCGAUGAGGCCGGCUUUGGAUACAUACCCGUCAUUGUCGGUUGUGGUGCCCAAUCAACAAAGGAGACCAUUGAACUGUGCGAAGAAGCAGCCUCCGCUGGCGGAGACUACUCAUUGGUCCUCCCACCCGCAUACUACCAGGGCCUCUUCUCCAAAGACACAGUGAUGAGCUUCUUCCGGGACGUAGCAACGGCCUCCCCAAUUCCAAUCCUCAUCUACAACUAUCCUGGAGCAGUAUCGGGCAUGGAUCUCAACUCAGAUGUCAUCAUCGAGCUCGCACAGCAUCCCAACAUUGUUGGCUGCAAGCUGACCUGCGGCAACACUGGCAAGUUGAACCGCGUUGCGGCUGCGACACGCGCAGCAACCCCCUCCGAACCUGGCUCUGGAUUCAUGUGCAUGGGCGGUUCUGUCGACUUCACCCUCCAAACAUUGAUCGGCGGCGGAUCGGGCAUCAUUGGCGGCAUGGCAAACAUUGCACCCAAAGCCUGCGUCAAGCUGAUCGAACUGUUCGAGGCAGGGGAAUACAAAGAAGCUCGCAGGCUGCAAGCCAUCGUGGCUCGCGGCGACUGGGCGGCCAUUCAAGGCGGCAUCAUCGGUACGAAGGCUGCGCUCAUGGCCCACUUCGGUUACGGAGGCUUUGCGCGCAAGCCUCUUCCCCGGCCGACCAAGGACGAGAGCCGCAGGUGGCGCGACGCAUUCGAAGAGCUGGUCAGACUAGAGAAGACUCUGUGAGAGCCCCUAGUGUGUUUAUGUGUGUGUAUGUGUGUGUGUUUGUGUGUGUAUGCGCGCGCGCGAUCCUUCGUUCAUGACUUUGUGCUAGCCGCCGCAGCAUUCGAAAGAUA